AUGGAGGUCCUGGUGAGGCAACUGAUGAGGCUGGCUGCGGUUGGGAAUACAAGAGGUCAUGUAACAAGUCAUAUCCCAACAAGUGGUGGUCGUGAGUUAUCACAGGCCCCAUCUCCAGCCUGCGAAGAUGGCUCAACGAUAUGUGCUGAUCACGACGGUGCCGGAAUUGCAAUACUGGAAGUCAGAAUUGCUUCUGAUGUUGUGCUGAGCUUCACCCAAUUGAUGCAAAAGGUAUUUGGACCAGGAAUUCAUGGUGCCUCCUUGAAAAAAGACAGAUUUGGAAUCGAGCACUGGAUGACCACUCAAAGAAAGUUGGCGUGGACACUCUUCGACGACGCGGGUAUCGGCAAAUACGAGAAGCGCAUGGGAUGGGAGCCCGAUGUAUCAUGUGAGCCUAUUGGAACCUUAUCGAAGAUCCCCGUUGAAUCACGGGGCAUCACGACUCAAAAAUGA